UAGGCCCUGAUGACAGAAGCAACUUGCCGAGCUCAGAGCAUCGGAAAAUGCAAAUAAAUCUACAGCAAGAUGUAUGGAGCUAACGUUGGAAACAAAGAAGAGAGAUAAACUUCAUCGUUUUUAAUACUAGGGAACUGGUGCUUAUUGGGAUCAUCUUCUUCCUGUCUGAUCAGCUUCUUUUUCCUCGUUUGACAACCACAUUCACUUCCACAAAGAAGUACCGUGCCUGAUCACAGGCCAACUGUCCUCAGAGGGAGAAGAUUCACUGAAGCUUGUAAAUGAUCAAUGAUGGGAAGGGUCACUUAUGCAUCUAUAAAUUGGCUCUUGCUUCUUUUCACUCAAUCAAGAUUAUGUGUUAUCCAUCACUGAGCAAACAUAAGUGAAGUAGAAGAGAGAAGAUCAAGGCGCUUGGGAUUGUUGAACAGCUCAAACGAGAGACAUACUCAAUGGCACGAAAUAUUGUAGGUGGUUUACAACACCACAUGUACAAAAGUCGAUUGCAAGAAUAUACACAAAAAUCUUGUUUACAGCCCCCGGUGUACACGAUUGUUAAAGAAGGAGCUGAACAUUCACCAAACUUUAGAGCUACAGUAUUGGUUGAUGGAAAAAAGUAUGCAUCUCAAGGGACUUUUCAAAGACGAAAGAGUGCAGAACAUAAUGCUGCCAUGAUUGCAUUACAUAGUAUCCAAAAAAGGAUGAACGAUGAUGGGUGCCCAAUUAAUCCAAAGGUUUCUUCUAUCCUGAAUGAGGAUACAACUCUGUGCAAGUCUAUCCUGAACGAGUAUGCUCUUAAGAUGCACCUGGAGCAUCCAGCAUAUUAUACAGUUCAACCACAAGGCUUAAUUCCAGUUUUUGCAUCUACAUUGGUUCUGAAUGGUGUCAAUUAUACCGGAGGUAUAGGAAGAAACAAGAAAGAUGCUGAACAAUUAGCAGCACGGGAAGCCAUUUUUUCCAGUUUAGACUCUGCAGAUUCUGCAUCUGCAACUAUCAUGUCUGAGAUAAUCGAAUCCAAGUACAAGGACGUCAGAGCAGCCUCUGUUUUCCUCAAGUUCUAGGAUUGAAGAAACAAAAAGAAGCGAUGUUACUGAGUUUGUAAUCAGAAUAAUCUUCGUUGUUGGUUCGAUUAAUGUGUCGAUAACCGGUUGACCUAAUAAUGACCCGUUUAAAUUCAUGUCAGUACCUGUCACAAGAAUCAGCAUUCGUACUUCCAAGAGAGUGAUAUAAGAAUCUAGUCAUCA